AUGGGUGUCUCCAACUUGCUCUCCAGCUUCAAGAAGCCUACUGAGGAGUCCCGUUUCUCCUCUCAGGCUCCAACUCCUUCUCGUGCCGAUUCAACCAGUGCCGAGAAGGACAACCUGACCAUCGAUGAUAGUCCCGUCAAGUAUUUGACAUGGCGCUCCUUCAUCCUGGGUCUGUGUGUCUCCAUGGGUGGCUUCAUCUUCGGUUACUCUACUGGUCAAAUCUCAGGUUUCACUACUAUGUCCGAUUUCAAGAUGCGAUUCGCCGAGUACAAUGCCGCUACUGGGGAAUAUGUCUUCAGCAACGUCCGUAACGGUCUGAUUGUCGGUCUUUUGUCCAUUGGUACCAUGAUCGGUGCCCUCGUUGCCGCCCCCAUUGCCGACAGAAUCGGCCGCAAGUUGUCUAUCUCCUUCUGGGCGUUGCUCCACAUUGUCGGUAUCAUUGUGCAGAUCGCCACUACCGACAAGUGGUACCAGAUUGCCCUCGGUCGUUGGGUUGCCGGUCUGGGUGUCGGUGCUUUGUCCAGCGUCGUUCCCAUGUACCAGUCCGAGUCUGCCCCCCGUCAGGUCCGUGGUGCCAUGGUCAGUGCUUUCCAGCUGUUCGUUGCCUUCGGUAUCUUCAUCUCCUACAUCGUCAACUUCGGUACCCAGCGCAUUGACUCCGCUGCCUCGUGGCGCAUCACCAUGGGGAUUGGCUUCGCCUGGCCUCUGAUCCUGGGUAUUGGUACUCUCUUCCUGCCCGAGUCCCCCCGUUACGCCUACCGCCACGGCCGUAUUGAGGAGUCCCGCAACGUGAUGGCCAAGCUUUACGGUGUGCCCCCCAACCACCGCGUUAUCGCUCAGGAAAUGUCCGACAUGAAGCAGAAGCUCGAUGAGGAGAAGGCCGCGGGCAGCGUCCCCUGGCACGAGGCGAUCACCGGUCCCCGCAUGUUCUACCGCCUGAUGCUCGGCAUUGCUCUCCAGUCUUUGCAGCAGCUGACCGGUGCCAACUUCAUUUUCUACUACGGAACCUCCAUCUUCCAGGGUGUCGGUCUCAGCAACUCCUACGUCACUCAGAUCAUUCUCGGAGCUGUCAACUUCGGUAUGACUGUUCCUGGUCUGUACAUCGUCGAGAACUUUGGUCGCCGUAAGUGCCUGAUGGCCGGUGCUGCCUGGAUGUUCAUCUGCUUCAUGAUCUGGGCCUCCGUUGGUCACGAGAUCUUGCACUCCAACCCUACCGAUCACCCCGCCGGUGUUACCAUGAUUGUCUUCACCUGCUUCUUCAUCGUCGGCUUUGCCUCCACCUGGGGACCCAUCGUCUGGGCCAUCUGUGGUGAGAUGUAUCCCUUCCGCUACCGUGCUACCUGCAUGGGAGUUGCCACCGCCGCCAACUGGACCUGGAACUUCCUCAUCUCCUUCUUCACCCCCUUCAUCAACACCGCCAUUGACUUCCGCUACGGUUACGUCUUUGCUGGCUGCUGUUUCGCCGCUAUCUUCGUUGUCUUCUUCUUCGUCAACGAGACCCAGGGCCGUACUCUCGAGGAGGUCGACACCAUGUAUGUCCUUCACGUCAAGCCCUGGAAGUCCUCCAGCUGGGUUGCCCCCGAGGGCAUCGUGGCUGACCUCCACGGUACCCGUGAGCCCAAGGAGGGUGCGAGUGAGCAGCAGCAGCACGAGGGUAUUGAGAUCCGGGAGGAGUAG